CUAACACUAAUCUUGGAUAAGUGGUGGGGCUCAUCCUUUUUAGGGUUUUUUCUUCUCUCUGUUUUCUGAUUUUUAAUUUUUUAAUUUUUAAAAUAUACUUACUAGACUUUUUAUGUUCCUAGUCUCUAUAUUCUGCUUCUCUCUACUCCAGUCUUUGGCAGAAAAAAGAUUCAAAAACAAUCAACUAUCUCUUCUUCUUGCAUUGUUCCUGAAAAAAUCAUUACAAGUUAGGGUUCCUGCAGAAAGAAUCUGGGAAAAGCUCGUGCAUUUUGGGUUCAGAAAUGGAGUCGACUCAUAAUCAGACGAUAGAAGAAAUCGACGAGAAUAUCAACAAUAAUAUAACCAUCAUCGUCAAUCCGUGUGCGAGUGUGAACGGGGAAGAUAGCAACACCACCGGCACGGAGAAGACUAAUUUCUCCGCCUCGGAGGCGUCGGUGGUGGACCCAACUCCGGCUGUGAAAGAAGAAGAGAUAACGGACUCGGAGCCUCAGGAAUUAAUUCAAGGGCUGGUGCAGGUGAGGCCGGGCCAAAUCAAUCCGUCGCUGGUACCGAAACCGAAGCGACCCUCGAAAGACCGACACACGAAAGUGGAAGGCCGUGGCCGUCGGAUCCGUAUGCCUGCCACGUGUGCGGCCAGGAUUUUCCAGCUGACUCGGGAACUCGGCCACAAGUCCGACGGGGAAACGAUUAAGUGGCUGUUGGAACGUGCGGAGCCUGCCAUUAUUCAAGCAACGGGUUCGGGUACAGUGCCGGCCAUCGCCGUGUCUGUCAAUGGCACUCUUAAGAUCCCAACUUCGUCCACCAAGCAAGACGGUGAAUUGCCCAGAAAGCGUAGAAAACGACCGUCUAAUAGCGAGUUCGUCGACGUUAACGAGCACCAAAGCUCUGUCUCUUCCGGGCUGGCACCCAUAGCGCCAAUAGCUUACAACGGCGUCAAUGUCAGUGCACAAGGGUUAGUCCCAAUAUGGUCAAUGGGCACUUUCGGUGUGCUUCCAGCUGCCGCCACCGGUUCUAAUCAGGCACAACUAUGGGCGUUUCCUGCAACCGCUGCUCCAUUUUUCAGUAUGGCAGCCAGGCCGAUAUCAAGUUUUGUGUCUGCUAUGCAACCAGGCAGCGGUGUCCAGAUGGCGGAGGUUCAGGGGUCCGGCGGUGGCUCAAUGGGGUCUAGUGCAGUGACUAGUUCAAGCUCAGGUACAACUAGUGUUGGUGGUGCUAGUGGUGGUCGUAGUAAUGGUAGCAGCACUAGUAAUAGUACUCCACAGAUGCUUAGGGAUUUUUCCAUGGAGAUUUUGGAUAAAAGGGAGCUACAAUUCUUGGGUCGUUCUGCGAAUCAGCAAACUACGGGCGAAAGAUAAUAUUGACAAAGAUUGAGGUAGUAGGGGUUUCGGGUUUUUCUUUUUCCUUUUUGGUUUGGAUUGCAGGAGAAAUGGAGGGCAAAAAAUAUUGUGAAUCUUGGCUUUCCUUUAUGAACAAAAAUAUGCAUGUAACUUAGUUUCAAUUUGUCUAAUAUGGGGAAUACUGACGCUCUCAAUUUCAACUCUCAACUUUAUUGGCAAUUGAGUGUUUAGUAUAUUUGAUUCGAAGACAAUGGAGAGAAAAAGGUAUAAAAUGUUUUGCCUUCA